AGCGCAAGUCAGUGUGUGUGCUUUAGGCCUAGUUCAGAAUGGUGGGGGUAAUGUGUGUGAUCAUUUACAUUUGAGGGUGAAACGUCUGAGAUACUCUCUCUCUAUCUUCUGUCUCUCUCUCUUCGUCCAUUUGGUUAUUGUUUAAAGCGUUGGGUUUGGUUGGGACGGAGAGUGGCUUUUGCUUACCUUUACGUAGGAAGAAAGCGGUAUUCCGAGGCUGGUUUUGAGUUACUAAUGGUGAGGAAGAGGAGAGGAGAACCUCCUAGAGGGGGAGAGAGCAGCGGUCCUCAGGAAUCCAGUGCAGGACGAGGUGCUGCGGCUCAACGCCCACCGCCACAGCAACAACAACAGCAACAGGAGCAGGGUGGAUACCAAGGUGGUGGAGGAAGAGGCUCGAUUCCCCAACGUGGAGGGUAUGGUGGUGGCCCUCGUGGUGGAGGGGGAGGUCCUCGCGGCGGAAUGACCCCCCAGCAGUACCACGGUGGGCCCUCGCAGUAUCAUCAGAGCAGUGGCACCCAGCAGCAGCUGCAAGGAGGAGGAGCACCUCCCCAGUUUCGAGGUGGCCGCGGGGUUGGAAUUUCUCCUGGUGUACCGUCUGGGCCACCAGUUCCCGAGCUGCACCAAGCAACCGACACAUUGCAACAAGUUGGGGUGAUGACUAAGCCCAUGCCUUAUGGGAAGCCUGCAGAAACAUAUUCUGCUGAGGCUAGUUCUUCAUCCCUGCCACAUGAGCCAACAUCUUCGCAAAUGAUGCAGCAAUUUCAGGAACUCACUAUCCAGCAAGAAGCUGCUCCUAGCCAAGCCAUUCAACCUGCAUCAAGCAAGUCCAUGAGAUUUCCUCAAAGGCCCGGCAAGGGUAUCACUGGUACCAGGUGUAUUGUGAAGGCCAACCACUUCUUUGCUGAAUUGCCGGACAAGGAUUUACAUCAGUAUGAUGUUACAAUUACACCCGAGGUCCCAUCACGCGGUGUCAACCGUGCUGUAAUGAAACAACUGGUGAUACUGUACCGUGAAUCCCAUCUUGGAAAGCGCCUUCCUGCAUAUGAUGGACGGAAAAGUUUGUACACUGCUGGGCCUCUCCCUUUCGUUUCAAAAGAGUUCAGAAUCACUCUUGUUGACGAAGAUGAUGGGACAGGGGGUGCCAGAAGACAGAGGGAAUUUAGAGUCGUGAUCAAAUUGGCUGCACGUGCUGACUUGCACCACCUAGGGAUGUUCCUACAGGGGAGGCAGGCAGAUGCACCACAAGAAGCUCUUCAGGUUCUGGACAUUGUUCUGCGUGAAUUGCCAACAUCACGAUAUUGUCCUGUGGGCCGUUCAUUUUAUUCCCUUGAUAUAGGGAGAAGGCAACCUUUGGGUGAGGGUCUAGAAAGUUGGCGGGGUUUCUAUCAGAGUAUUCGUCCUACUCAAAUGGGGUUGUCGUUGAAUAUUGAUAUGUCCUCUACUGCUUUCAUUGAGCCACUUCCUGUGAUUGACUUUGUAACUCAGCUUCUAAAGGGUGAUGUCUCUUCUAGACCCUUGUCUGAUGCUGAGCGUGUGAAGAUCAAGAAGGCUUUGAGAGGAGUGAGAGUUGAAGUUACACACCGGGGCAAUAUGCGUAGGAAAUACCGUAUCUCUGGUUUAACAUCACAGGCAACUCGAGAGCUGACUUUCCAAGUCGAUGAAAGAGGUACAAUUAAGUCGGUCGUAACGUAUUUCCGUGAGACAUAUGGGUUUACAAUUCAACAUACUCAAUGGCCUUGUCUACAAGUUGGAAAUCUGCAGAGGCCAAAUUAUUUGCCUAUGGAGGUAUGCAAAAUAGUGGAGGGCCAAAGAUAUUCAAAGAGGUUGAAUAAGGAACAGAUUAAAGCUUUGCUGACUGUUACCUGUCAGCAGCCUCGAGACAGAGAAAGAGACAUUCUUCAGACGGUCCAUCAUAAUGCUUAUGCUGAUGAUCCUUACGCAAAAGAAUUUGGAAUUAAAAUUAGUGAAAAUAUGGCCUCGGUUGAAGCUCGCAUUUUGCCUGCUCCCUGGCUUAAAUACCAUGAUACUGGUCGUGAAAAGGAUUGCCUACCGCAAGUUGGUCAGUGGAACAUGAUGAAUAAGAAAAUGGUUGAUGGGGGAACAGUGAGCAGUUGGAUCUGCAUCAAUUUUUCACGGGGUGUUCAAGAUAAUGUGGCCCGUAGCUUUUUUUCUGAGCUUGCCCAAAUGUGCAUGAUAUCUGGCAUGGCAUUUAAUCCUGAACCUGUGCUGCCAGCAUUCAGUGCCCGAUCUGAUCAGGUGGAAAGAGUCCUGAAAGCUCGUUUCCAUGAGGCCAUAAUCAAACUCCAGCCCCAGAAAAGGGAGCUUGAUCUGCUGGUUGUUAUUUUACCGGACAAUAAUGGUUCUCUUUAUGGUGAUUUGAAGCGGAUUUGUGAGACAGAUCUUGGAAUUGUUUCCCAGUGCUGUUUGACCAAGAAUGUGUAUAAGAUGACUAAACAGUAUCUUGCAAAUGUGGCUUUGAAGAUCAAUGUAAAGGUCGGAGGUAGGAAUACGGUGCUUGUUGAUGCUCUAUCAAGGCGCAUACCUCUGGUCAGCGACCGGCCUACGAUUAUUUUUGGUGCUGAUGUUACCCAUCCCCACCCUGGGGAGGAUUCAAGCCCAUCUAUUGCCGCCGUUGUUGCUUCUCAAGAUUGGCCAGAGGUCACAAAAUACGCUGGAUUGGUUUCUGCUCAAGUUCAUCGGCAAGAGCUCAUUGAAGAUCUGUUUAAAACUUGGCAAGAUCCUGUUCGAGGGACUGUGACAGGUGGCAUGAUCAGGGAACUACUGAUUUCUUUCCAUAGAGCAACUAGACAGAAACCACAGCGCAUCAUAUUUUACAGGGAUGGUGUCAGUGAAGGGCAGUUCUAUCAAGUUUUGCUUUUUGAACUUGAUGCAAUUCGAAAGGCAUGUGCAUCAUUAGAACCAAACUAUCAACCACCGGUUACAUUUGUGGUUGUUCAAAAACGUCAUCACACAAGGUUGUUUGCCCACAACCAUAGAGACAGAAAUGCAGUGGACAGAAGUGGAAAUAUACUACCUGGUACAGUUGUAGAUUCAAAGAUAUGCCAUCCUACAGAGUUCGAUUUCUACCUUUGCAGCCAUGCCGGCAUUAAAGGUACAAGCCGGCCAGCACAUUACCAUGUAUUAUGGGAUGAGAACAACUUCACUGCUGAUGGUCUGCAGUCACUCACAAACAACCUCUGUUACACAUACGCCAGGUGCACUCGUUCGGUUUCAAUUGUGCCACCUGCAUACUAUGCCCAUCUGGCAGCUUUUCGUGCUCGCUUUUACAUGGAUCCCGAGACAUCUGAUAGUGGUUCAAUGACCAGUGAGACAGUUGCUGGUCGUGGUGGUGGUGCAGGUCCGCGUAGUACACGGCUGCCAGGUGCUAAUGCAGCUGUAAGACCUCUUCCUGCCCUAAAGGAGAAUGUGAAGAGGGUGAUGUUCUACUGCUAGGUUGGUUACUGGCUACUUGGUUGAUUGCAUGCUUUUAUAUUAAACUAUCGAGGACAAAUUAUAAAUUUCCAAAUUCAACAUUUCUGGAAUGUGUGUAUUGCUGUUGAUGUUUGUUGCAUACUGUAAAGAUGGGUACAAGUUCUGAUAACUAAGUUUGUGGAUACUGCUGUAAUGGGCCUCUGGUCAUUGGAUGAUUUGUUGGUGCCUUUAACACAAGAAUCGAUGUUUUCUCUGCACAAGGUAGAUGCCUGGACAGCCAAUGAAGUGAACUUACCCUUUGUUUCUACUUUCUCGAUGCCUAGUUGGUUAUUUUACUGAAUCUCUGUGGCAUGAAUGAACUGCGGCUUGUUGCUUGGCUCAUUUUCAACCACUUUUGCUUUCAAUCCAGGCAUUUUUGAACCAGAUCCUCUUUGAGGUGCUCUGACUAUUUGUGUGUUUGAUAAUAAGUUCGUGUUUGUUCCUAAGCAAUC